UCCACGACAAUUUCCACUUCCGGUUUUUGGUUGUUUUCAAAAGUUGGCGCUAAAGAUGGCGGAUGCUGACGGAGUCCCGACAUUAGCAGCGGAGAAACAUCCAGAUACCCGAGUAAAUGUCAAGUCUAAGAGAAUCGUCGCUUAUCAGCUCGCAAAGUAUAAAAGUUUGCUUUUAAAGCUGCUGGAGCGGCAACCGGAAGUGAACCAAAGCGACGUGGAUAAGAUGCUCCAGGAGACGCUGCAGACUUUCGAGCUUGCAGUGCAGGAAAACAUCACAGUUGGAGGUUUAUCCUGGGAUGAAGCAGCAGAGGAGAACGGUGAAGAUUACGAGUGCGGCGCGGUGGACGACCUGCUGGAUGAGAAGAUUGUCCAGACCAGCUGGAAACGCAGCGUUUACCCGAAGAAAAUCUUGCCGUAUUUCGUCCGAUCCCUGAAAGCCGAGCGCAAACUCAUGGGUUUGUUUGAAAGUGCAGUGAAGCCACAAGAAGUGAAGCGAGAUCCUGUUCAAGACUCCAUAAUGAGCGAUGUUUCUGCUGCGGCGCCCGAGAUGUUCAGACAAGCGUCUGCUGUCGUGAAGGCUCUGAAGGACGUGAAGCAGAAGGCAGAAGGUCUUCACCAGGUGCUGAACACGCAGCCCUCGGCCGAGACGCUGGAGGCCUACAGAGACGUGUUCACCAGCGCCGACGGAAAACGUUCUGAAGUCCGGCGCAGCAGCGAACCUGCUCACAGACACACCAUCAAAAGAGCUGUGUCUGAGACAGAAUACAGCAUGCAAUACGUUCCUAUGAGUCCACACACUCCACAUCAAUAAGAGAGUGUGUGUGUGUGUGUGUGUGUGUGUGUGUUAAUCCAGCUCCAGUUUUGUAUGGAAUGAUUCUGCUCCUGUGUGUUUUAUUGCCUGUAAAAAUGUCUGUUAAAGUUCACUAAACUCAAAGUCUAACCUUC